AUGCGCCCGCCCAACCCCCCAACCCAGCCCGCGACCGAGAACCCUUCCACGACCCUCCCGAUCCGCGAUGCAAAGAGCGCAAAGGAUCAAGGCCCCGCACCAUCAGACAAGAAACCCACAAAGGGCAAAGAUGCACCUGCAGCUGCUGCCCCUGCUGAUGCCGCUGCUGCAGCUGGAGGCGAAAAGCCUUUGACACCCGCGGAACUGAAAAAGAAGGCCAAGGCAGAGAAGGCUGCUCGUCGCGUAAAGGAAAAACUUGAGCGGGAUGGCGGAGCUGGUGCUGCGGGCGGCUCAGCUCCUAGUCCUGGUCCUGGUCAACCUCGUCCUCCGGCUACCCCUAAGAAGGAUGCUGCUGCUGGAGGCGCCGCGCAGAAGGGUUCAAGAGCGCCGCCCCCGCGCCGAGGCUCUCAGGGUGGUGCUGGUACUGCUGUGGAGCCGAAGAAAAAGAAGGAGGAUAAGAGCGUUGCUGUCUUUGGUCACUUAUAUGGCCAGCAGCGUAGAACUACGAUUGCAGGUGCUGGAAAGGAGGUACACCCCGCGGUGCUGGCACUGGGAUUGCAGUUGAGAGAUUAUGUGGUUUGUGGCAGUAGUGCACGAUGUGUGGCUACCAUGCUUGCAUUCAAGCGAGUUGUUGAAUCUUACACUACACCUCUGGGUACUUCCCUCCCUCGCCACUUGACAACACACCUUUCACACCAGAUUACCUACCUCUCCACAUGUCGUGCACUUUCCAUCAGUCAAGGCAAUGCCAUUAGAUCAUUGAAAUUGGCCAUUGCCGGAAUCGACCCCUCCAUGCCCGAGUCAGCUGCCAAGGCCACUUUGUGCGACUUUAUUGACAGCUUUAUCCGCGAGAAGAUCACAGUCGCCGAUCAAGUCAUUGCCGCAAGCGCCGCGCAGAAGAUCCAGGAUGGCGAUGUUAUCGUGACCUUCGCAGGUAGCUCCAUUGUCAAGCAGACCCUGCUGUUAGCACACAAGGAAGGGAAGCAAUUCCGAGUGUCGAUCAUUGAUUCACGCCCACUGUUUGAGGGCAAGAACCUUGCUCGCGCACUCGCCAAUGCCGGAUUGGAUGUAACAUACUCGCUCGUGCACGGUAUCAGCCACGCUAUCAAGGACGCUACCAAGGUCUUCCUGGGCGCCCACGCCAUGACCAGCAACGGUCGUCUAUACUCCCGUGUCGGUACCGCCUUGGUCGCUAUGUCUGCCAAGGAACGUGCCGGUGGCGUCGAGGUCCCUGUUAUUGUCUGCUGUGAGACAAUCAAGUUCACCGAUCGCGUGGCUCUCGACAGCAUUGUCGUUAACGAAAUCGCGGACGCCAAUGAAUUGGUGCCUGCCGAUGUCCCGCAGCAGGUUACAGGUCUCCCUGAUCCCGCGGCCUUCACGGCUCCUCCUGUUGACCCUAAGAAGGCUAAGGGUGGAAAGCCCGCUAGCGCCCCUAGUCCUGACCCUGUUGCUUCUGACCGCGGUCCCUCUCCUUCGCCCCUGGCUAACUGGAAGGACACCCAUAAUCUUCAGUUGCUGAACCUGAUGUAUGAUGCUACGCCGGCCGAAUAUGUGGAUAUGGUAGUUACCGAACUGGGCAGUCUUCCACCCAGUGCUGUUCCUAUUGUCCAUCGGAUGAGCACGAAUAUGUGA